UCCUUGCUCCGCCCCGCUCUGCUUCCAGCGAGCCGAGCGGAGCCGAACGGCGGAGACGGGCGGAAACGAGCGAACACAGUCCAGCCGAGCUGACGAGACCUCCGGGCAGAGCAGGAGCCAGCUGGGCCAAGCAGCCGGGCCCAACGAGCCGAGCGCAGCCGAGCGGGACCGAGCAAGGCCGAUCAGAGCCGAACGGAGCGGAGUCGGGCCGAGCCGAGCCGGGCGGAGCGCCGGGGCCGCCGCCAUGAAACGCGACCGGCUCGGCCGCUUCCUGUCGCCUGUGGCAGCGGGGCAGCGCGGGGGCUCCGGCGCCGGCGGCUUUGGCGGCGGCCGGGCCCGGGGCCGCCCCGUCCGCAGUGGGCCCAGCAUGGAUGAGGCGGCGGCCUUGGUGGCGGCGCGGCUGGGUUGGGGACCGGCGCGGGCCUGCGGGGACGCGGGCGAGGACGGCGCCGACGAGGCAGGAGCAGGCCGAGCUCUUGCCAUGGGGCACUGUCGCCUGUGCCACGGGAAGUUCUCCUCGCGGAGUCUGCGCAGCAUCUCUGGCAGGGCACCUGGGGAGCGCUCAGAGAGACCACCACCAGGCGUGCCAGGGGAGCGUGUCUUCAUCCGUGAUUUCCAGCACCUGCUGGGGGUGGCCGUCCACCAGGACCCAGCUCUGUCUCAGUUUGUGUGCAAGAACUGCCAUGCCCAGUUCUACCAGUGCCACGGCCUCCUCAGGUCCUUCCUGCAGAGAGUCAAUGUCUCCCCGUCAGGCCAGCGGAAGCCUGGCACAAGGGUCGGUACCCAGCCCCCGACAGGGGCCGAGGACGGAGCGUGUCUGGUGGACCUGGUCACUUCUAGCCCACAAGCCCUGCACGGCUUGGUGGGGUGGGUGCACGGACACGCAGCCAGCUGUGGGGCCCUGCCCAGCCUGCAGAGGACACUGUCCUCCGAGUAUUGUGGAGUCAUCCAGGCCGUGUGGGGCUGUGACCAAGGCCACGACUACACCAUGGACGCCGACUCCAGCUGUGGAGCUCUGUUGCUGGACAGCGCAUUGGCGGUCAAGUGGACGUGGGACAAGGAGAUGGUCCCACGGCUGACCCAGCAUCGCGGCUGCAACCCCACUGGGGCUACCCCUCAGAGUUCUCAGGGCAGAGCGACCGCAGUCCGGGCUGAGACCCAGACGCUACCCAGCACAGACGUGGCCCAGCCUCCUGCGGAUGGCAGCCCAGUGGGGCCUGUGCCGGGCCCCCUGCCUCAGCCAAGCCUCCCCCCGAGUGGGGCCCCAGGGCAGUUGGGUGAGAAGCAGGUCCCAUCUUCAACCUCGGAUGAUCGGGUAAAAGACGAGUUCAGUGACCUUUCUGAGGGAGACUUCCUGAGUGAAGACGACAGUGACAAGAAGCAGAACACCCAGUCCUCAGACGAGUCCUUUGAGCCCUACCCGGAAAAGAAGGUCUGCGGUAAGAAGAGUGAAGGCAAAGAGGCCAAGAAGUCUGAAGAACCAAAACUGCGGAAGAAGCCAGGACCGAAGCCGGGCUGGAAAGCCAAGCUGCGCUGUGAGAGGGAGGAGCUGCCCACCAUCUACAAGUGUCCCCACCAGGGCUGCACGGCGGUGUACCGAGGGGCCGAUGGCAUGAAGAAACACAUAAAGGAGCACCACGAGGAGGUCCGCGAGAGGCCCUGCCCCCACCCUGGCUGCAACAAGGUGUUCAUGGUCGACCGCUACCUGCAGCGCCACGUGAAGCUCAUCCACACAGAGGUGCGGAACUACAUCUGUGACGAGUGUGGACAGACCUUCAAGCAGCGGAAGCACCUUCUUGUACACCAGAUGCGCCAUUCGGGAGCCAAGCCGCUGCAGUGUGAAGUCUGUGGGUUUCAGUGCCGGCAGCGGGCGUCCCUCAAGUACCACAUGACCAAACACAAGGCCGAGACCGAACUGGACUUCGCGUGUGACCAGUGUGGCCGUCGGUUCGAGAAGGCUCACAACCGCAACGUGCACAUGUCCAUGGUCCACCCACUGACGCAGGCGCAGGACAAGGCCCUGGCGCUGCCGCCUGGGCCCGCGGACGGGCGGGCUGUGAAGCCGGAGCCCACCUGACCCCACCGGGAGCCUACACGGUGCCCACCAUGCAGGGAGGGCCCGCCCUUCUGCCUCCAUCUGGGACCAGAGUUGAUUUUCCUACGAACCGCGCAUCUUGGGGCCAGGCGCCAUUUUCAAUGACUGAUCCUUUUCCCCACUAAAGCAGUCAGGAUUUGUAACCCACUCUUCGUGCAGCAAGGGCGGCACGGUGCGCCUAAUAAAUUAUUCAGAGGA